AUGCCUCAUUCCAAGGUUCCGACCACAGCCUCCUCUCACACUAUUCACGGUGUCCAGCUUCACGUCAACGACGGCCUUCUUGCACCUACUGAUGUCUGUGAGAUGCGAAUCUCUUACCCAACUGAACCUAUCAAUGAGCUCUAUCGCCGUUACAAAGACGACGGGUACGUAUUGCUCAAGGGUCUCCUCCCGCGCCAGGAUGUUUUUGCUGCUCGCGAAGCCUAUUUUGCCUCACUUGCGUCCACUGGUAUCCUCCAACCAGGGACGGCAGCGGUUGAUGGCAUAUUCAACUCAUCUGCCUCGACUUCCGAUUACCCUGGAAUUGGAGCAAGCAGUUUGGACGUAAAGACUGAUACAAAUAAUCCAGCUGGACGAUUUGUGGAAGCUGCUGUCAAGACUCACACGGAGCCAUGGUACAACGGCUCAGAAAAGGAUGGUAUUGCCGGAUUCUGCAACCACCCAAUUCUCCGAGACUUUGUGGCCAAUAUCGUAGGCUGGGGGAAAGAUAUCCUAACUGUGCGGCGCACCUUACUCCGCAAUAAUACGCCAGGCAAUCGAGCCAUAGGCGUUCAUUAUGACCAGAUUUUCAUGAGAUACGGCGAACCCACGGCGGUAACUGCAUGGGUUCCUAUAGGAGACGUGCGUAUCGAGGGAGGCGGUCUAAUUUACCUCGAAGGAGGAGACCAGGUAGGGCGGGAAAUGGAAGAGGAAUUUUCUCGCAAGGCCAAGGCGGCGGGGAUGAGCGAUCAAGAGACGCGGAAUGCCUUUAACGCUAAUAUGACGAGCACUGGCUUUCUGUCCGAGUCACCGCGUGAGUUUGCAAGGGAUCGAGGAAGGAGGUGGUUGGUCUCUGCCUACGAAGCUGGGGAUGUCGUGCUGCAUACUCCGCAUAUGAUCCAUGCCUCUACCAUCAAUCAUGAUCCAGAGGGCCGAAUCAGACUCGGGACAGAUUUGCGAUUUGUUAACUCCAAACGCCCGUGGGAUAAGCGCUGGGAUAAAGAUUUUGCCUUGGAUGAUGGUCUGUAA